CAAUGACAUAUUAUUGCGAGGUCACAAGUUAAGUCAUUCGAAUGCCGCCAAGAUGAGGGGAGUUUUCGUUGUGUUAUUUGGCUGUGGGUUUCUUCAGUUAGUUUCAAGCCAGUGCCGUACCAUACAAAAGUCAAACGAAAACUGGGGUUGUUUUUAUAAUGGGGAGGAGCUUGAGCCGGGGCAGUAUUUCGAGGAUCCUGAUACCUGUGACGAGUGUACCUGUUUAGGUGGGGGAUAUCUGUCCUGCUGUGCCAAUGAUGUGAACUUCAGUGAUCUGUCUCCGGACUGUGUGGUCGUCAAGGAGGGGUGUAAAGCCGUGGCGGUGCUGAAGAGCGACAAAUCCAAACUCUGUCCAGAGGUCGCCUUUACGGGCAGGAAAUAGUGAAAUCAGACAGUCUACAAAUUCUACAUCUGUAUGAAGUACAUAUUUUGUAACAAAUAAAGAGUUUAUAAUUGUG